AUGACCCGAAACCAUCUGCCUAUCACACCGCAUCCAGGACCGUCCAUCUAUGAGUUCCACAUUCCCGCCCGUGACGGCCAUCCCAUAUGCGUGAGGGCGUACCGACAGUCGCACCAGACCGAUCUUCUUCCACUGCCCAUUUAUCUGCAUGGCGGGGGCUUUGUAACUAGUGGACUCGAAACCAACGAUGCCUCGUGCCGCGCAUUGGCUGUGCAGAUUCCUUUGCUGGUGCUGAACGUCGAGUAUCGUCUGGCGCCGGAGAACCUAUUUCCGACUGGGCUUGAGGACUGUUUUGAUGUUGCGGCUUCCAAUGCACCGAGACUGACCCGCAAAUUGAUUGAUUAUUUCGCCGGAAUAUACGGCGCCCCGCCAGAUGACAAGCGCCUCUCGCUGCUCCUCGUCCCCUCGCAUGCGAAUCUCGCUCGUAGGGCUGUUUCUUACGUGUAUGGUUGGGAUCCGCACCGGGACGAGGCGCUGCUCUUUGAACAGUUAUUGCGAGAACAGGGUAUUUCAACUCAGUGCUAUCUGUACCCCGGGCUGCCGCAUGGGUUCUGGACUACCUGGCCUGAUCUGGAAGUGUCGAAGGGGUGGCAGCGAGAUUUGAUUGAAGGGCACACGGAAGACCAGUAG